AUGAAAAUAUUAUUACCAAAAGUGGAGGAAACCUGCGAACGAGCUUGUGGAAAAUGGAGAAAUGUGGCGGUGUGCGAUAUGCCAGUUGAACGAGGAGAAUGUCAGUUGGCAGUUCCACGAUGGUACCACGACUCGAAGACUUCUCAAUGCAAGAUGAUGAUGUGGACUGGAUGCGGAGGAAAUGGAAACUCGUUCUCUUCGAAAGCGGACUGUGAAUCCCUCUGUAGAGUCGAAACUUCUUGGACCAACACUUCUGACUUCUGCUCUUUGGAACGAUCCGCCGGACCAUGCACCGAUUCGAUCUCAAUGUGGUAUUAUGAUUCAAAGGAUGAUGACUGCAAACCAUUCACUUAUGGAGGAUGUCGUGGAAACCAGAACCGAUUCGUUAGCAAGGAUCAGUGUCAACAGAGUUGCAAGGAAACCAAGAUCGAGGAAGUCUGUACCCUCCGUCCAGAACCGGGACCGUGUCGGAUGGCAAUGGAGAAAUGGUUCUACGAUCCAGUGACCCAAUCAUGCCACGUGUUCCAUUAUGGUGGAUGUGAAGGAAAUGCAAACAAGUUCGACUCGGAAUUGGAUUGUUUCCGACAGUGUUCGAGUGUGAAAGUUGAAGCCGGAGAGGAGAGAAUGGGACAAUUGACUUCUGCUUCUACUCCUGUCAUCUACAUUGUGGAUAAGGCACCUCUCUUCGUUGGAAUGACUUUCCGCAUUCGAUGCAAUGGCUACGGAGUAACCCCAAUCACCUGGUACAAGAACGGAGGACUUCUUCAAUUUGGAUCAAGAAUCACUGAAGAGAAUGAUGAUACCUUGGAAAUCGUGGACUCCUUGACUUCAGAUGCAGGAAUCUAUUCGUGCAUCGCUGGACAGGAAAGCCAAAUGAGUGACGGAGUGGAGGUUGUGAUCAAGAGAGCCAAUGGAGUAAUCCAAACUCCUCCCCCAAUGCUGACUCCAUCUCCAAAUUUUUCAAUGGGAACUCCUCCAACUCUUCCACCAACCACAACUCGUCCAUCCACCACCGUCGCACCAAGAAUCCCUCCUCCAAGAUACACCACUGUCUCCGUUUCGGAUGCCUACUCUCGUCGUCCAACUACCAAAGCUUGUGUUGAUGUCGGAAACACGAGUACCUGUGAUCUGAUUGUCAAGAAUGGAUUGUGCGAGAAGAAACGUUAUGGAACAUUCUGCUGCCACACUUGCACCAAGGUCCAUAACUUCAAAUUCUGA